CGCCCCUGCUGCGUAGGUGCCGGGUGAAGCCCAGGACGUGAAGUGUCUCUUGCUCCGCCUGCGCAGCUUAGAGGUGUACAUUAGGGGGAAUUGGGGCCGGCCAAGGAAGACGAGGACCCAGGGGCCCGUGCGGCUGGGUGCCAGUCCUUCGUAGCCUGACAUUAAGGCUGCUCGAGCCCCAAGUGUUUCUCCUGUCUCCCCCAUCUCGUGGUCCCCGGCCCAACAUGAUACUAACCAAAGCCCAGUACGACGAGAUAGCUCAGUGCCUAGUGUCUGUACCGCCCACCAGGCAGAGCCUGAGGAAGCUGAAGCAGAGGUUCCCCAGUCAAUCGCAGGCCACUCUGCUGAGCAUCUUCUCCCAGGAGUACCAGAAACAUAUUAAAAGAACACAUGCCAAACAUCAUACUUUGGAAGCAAUUGAAAGUUAUUACCAGAGGUAUCUGAAUGGAGUGCUGAAAAAUGGAGCUGCCCCAGUGCUCCUGGAGUUAGCCAAUGAGGUGGACUAUGCACCCUCAUUAAUGGCUCGGAUUAUACUGGAGAGGUUUCUCCAAGAACACGAGGAAACUCCACCCUCGAAGUCUGUUAUAAAUAGUAUGCUACGGGACCCUUCUCAGAUUCCAGAUGGAGUUCUAGCAAAUCAGGUCUAUCAGUGCACUGUGAACGACUGCUGUUAUGGACCACUGGUGGACUGCAUCAAACACGCCAUUGGUCAUGAGCAUGAAGUCCUGCUGAGAGACUUGCUUCUAGAGAAAAAUCUUUCUUUCCUGGAUGAAGAUCAGCUCCGUGCAAAGGGUUAUGACAAAACACCAGACUUUAUUUUGCAAGUACCAGUUGCUGUAGAAGGGCACAUAAUUCACUGGAUUGAAAGCAAAGCCUCAUUUGGUGAUGAAUGUAGCCACCAUGCCUACCUGCAUGACCAGUUCUGGAGCUACUGGAAUAGAUUUGGGCCAGGCUUGGUCAUCUAUUGGUACGGCUUUAUCCAGGAGUUGGACUGCAACCGGGAGAGGGGCAUCCUGCUCAAAGCCUGUUUCCCGACCGACAUCGUCACCUUGUGCCACAGCACUGCUUGACCCUGGAGAUCCUAGAGGAGCAGCUGAGAGGAGGAGGUGACUCCGGAAGCAGUUUCACUUUCCUGCAGUGUAAACUCCUGGCAACAUCUGCCCUGAACUGCAGCUGAACUUUCGCUGCCCGUGGUCACACCACUACCUCUUUAGACAAACAUAUCAAGAGUUUCUGUUUUCCUUCAUCCCUUGCUGAUGUGAACAGCCAAGAACUACAGACACAACCCACUCAUUAUCAGCAUUUCUGUCUCUGUGAAACAGUUAGUUUAUAGAUAGUCAUAAUCUUUCUUCCUUCCGGAUGGUUUCUCCUUGUAUACGGAACAAAAGGAAACAUGUGGAGACUGAAAGGUGUGUAAUUUCUCAGUUCUCCUCCCAGUUACCAAAUCACCAUUUUUUUUUUUCUUCUAAGCCUCCAUUCAUUCUUUUUGUCUGCCUCCCCCUUCCUCAUGUGCACUUCAGAUACUCAGUGUUGCAUUACCGUCAGGGACUAAUCUAGCACAACCCUAGGGAAGCUGAAGACGUGAAGCCCGAAAGUAAAUGUUUGCUCUCAGCUGCCGGGCUCUGGCAGAGCGGAGAGGGUGGCCCAUGCCGCAAGCUCCUUUUGUCCUGUCUUCAUGGUUUCCUGACCUCGGUGCCCUUAAGCCUAGCUGCAUACAAUAUACUGGAUGAGAAUUUCCUUUUUUAAUAAUGCUUAUUGACCACCAAACAACUUACAUUUAUCUCAUUUAACAGUAUUAAUUACGUUGUGUCUGGAAGCCACACUUGAGGUUGGAGGCUGAGUGGAGAGGACUGAAGUGCAAAGCCAGCAUUAAGGAGAGUCCAUUUGUAAAAUGACAGGGCUAGUUGUCAGUAUGUAGUUUGGCCAAUAUUUUUAUGAGUAAAGUUUUUUUAAAACACACAUUCUGGAGUAGAUGUUUGGCCUACGUUAAGAUGUUACUUGGGACACUUGCAUCCCAUGUCGGCGUGCGUGGGUGCAUGUGCCAGCUGUGCUGCUGAUUCCAGCUUCCUAUUAAUGCUCAGCCAUUGGAUGCAAUUGGGUAGUGAACCAGUGGGUUGGAGAGAUCUUCUCUCCCCUCCCCCAUUCUUUCUCUUUCAAAUAAAUAAUAAAAAUGGCCAAUGAAAUAUUUAAGCAAACGAAGUACAUUCUGUACAAUGCUUGUACCUGCAUUUUAUACCACAUAAUUAUAAUCUUUAAAUAAUUUAAGCAUUAGAAAUAUUCAGCUUUGAAUAACCCAAGUGUAUAAGAUAAAUCUUUAAAAAAAAAAAAAGUUGCUCUAGUUUUAUUUAUUCAAAAGACAGAAUUACAGAGAGG